AGUUUCAGUGAAUAAUCCAUCAUGUUUAGAUUCUUUGUCACCUUAUCUUGCCUUGUUGCCUGCGCUUUGGCUGGUGGAAAACAAGUUGUGAUAGUAAGUGGACAUGGGGGUGACUUUGGUGGAGAUUCAGGAAAAUACUCUUCAGGCGCCGAACUGACCAGUUUGGCUCACAGUUCUGCCAUUCAAGCCAAAACUGCUGUUCAAAAUCAACAAACUGCUGGAAGUCAAGCUGCCUUUGGAGCUAAGAGCAACUUGGCCCAAGCCGCCUUAGGCGCUGCUGCCACCGCUCAAGCCGCCUUAGUGGGCAAACAAGCCAUAGUGCAGAGCCUGAAGAAACAACUCAUCGAAGCCCAACAUCAACUGCAAGCCGAACUGGGCCAAUACCAACAGACUCAACAGGCUGCCUCAGCGGCCGCAGAAGCAGCCGGUCAGGCUCAAGCCCAACUGAACGCCGUAACUGCUGCUGCCGCCGCCGCCCAAGGCUCCGCCACCCACGCUCAAGAAGCCGCCACCGAAGCCGCUAACGCUGCCGCAUCCCAACAUCAAAUGGUCAUCGAGGCUAAACAACGCUUGGGUCAACUGACUCAGGAAUUGCAUUCCGCUUUGGGACAGUUGGCUGAGACCGAAGCCGCCGCUCAUAAGGCUCUUUCUGCCGCACAGGUAGCUCAGUCCAAUGCUGCGGCUGCUGGAGCUGCUGUUGCGGUAGCUGCGGAGAGUUCCCAGACCUCCGGACAUGGUGGCUCCAAGGGAUGGUAAACAUUGCAAAUUUUAUUUGCCGACAACGUGAUUUUGAUCUCCAUUCAACUGUUUCAUCGGUUUGUCAUCUAUCAUGCAUUGUAAUAUUUCAUUAUUUUCAUUAUUGUAGGUUUUUGUGUGAUAUUCAUGUAAUAAAAUUUGUUU